AUGGGAGAGAAUGAGAGAGAUCUAGAAGAGGAGGAGGAGGAGAAAGCAAGGGAGACAAAGGAAUAUAGUCUUCAUCCUGGCCCCAGAGCCAGGAGAGAAGCAAGACAUGGAGGGAACAGGAAUGGGAGGAAAAAAGUAAUUUCUGGAAGUUCAUUUUUUACUUGGUUUAUGGUAAUUGCACUGCUGGGAAUGUGGACAUCUGUCACUGUGGUUUGGUUAGAACUUGUUGAUUAUGAGGAAGUGCUAGGAAAACUUGAGAACUAUGAUGCUGAUGGAGAUGGAGAUUUUGAUGUGGAAGAUGCCAAGGCUUUGCUAGGACUUAAAGAAAAAUCUGUCCCAGAACAGCAAAAGACAAGAGAUGCUGAAGAGGUUAUCCAACCUACAGAGGAGCCACAUGGGAGAGCAAAACACAGGAGUGCUGAAGGAGAACCAGAAGAGGAAGAUGAAAUGGACACUGUACUACGUCAAGUUCUUGAAUCAGAGUUUGAAAAAAAUGAGUGAAGCAGAUGAAGAAACAGAUUUUCAGGAAGAGAAUAGUGAAACACCUGAAGUUCCCACAGAACAGUAUGUCUAUGAUGGAGACCUUGAAGAUAAAGUUAAUGUUUAAUAAAUGA